AUGUUCCAAAUUGCUUUCAAACACCACAACGAUGUUGCUCAUUUUCAAGGCAGAAUGUACGUCGACUGUUAUAUCUACUGCCCAAAAGUCACUCAGGGCACCGCUUCCAGUCUCAUUCUCUUGACGACUAUAAAGUUCAUCGCACGUCUGACCUUCUCCGACUCUAGUAACUAUCCUCGCGCUAUGCGUGUCUAUCACCCACCACCUCAACUCACUCCUACAGACAACAUUUUCACACAACCUUUGAAUAUGGGCCCAGACCAUCCCAAUGAUAACCAGCUUCCAGGCUUUAGUGCUACCUUUGGUGGCUUUGAAUCUCACAUGACCCACCGGGGUUUAGGUCAGAAUCAAUUCACAUAUCCACCCCCUCUCCCUCCUUCGUCGAAGCCCACUGUUACAGGGCAGAUGCAGCAAAUCGAUCCCUCAUUAAUUGACUAUGAACACGAGGAUGACAAGGACGAAUUUCCACCUCUGUCCACUUUCCUUGGUGAUGUUGCGAAGCCAGCCAAGAGGGUUGCAGGGAGCUGUCACAUGAGCACCACUAUCCCAACUACCAAAGGCAAAGGCAAGGCACAUGUCGUGGACAGUGCCCAACUAGUCAAUCGAAACCGUCAACAAGGAGCACCCAAUUAUAAUGAAGAUGAUAUUGAUGCCCUCCUUGAUGCCUGUGAAUUGUGUCUACCUGAAAAUGACCGUCCAGCUCACUCAUCAAAAUCUCUUGAACUCAAAUUCAAGCAAUUCAUUCGAACCAUUAAGCCGAUGGGAGAUGCAGAAUCUGGCACCCGUGAUCUUAAUGAUGAAGAACUUGCUGAUGAAGUAGUCGAAAUCUCAGACGAUGAUGAAGACACAAUGGCCUUAGUAGUACUUCCAAAAACGAAACCAACCCAGAUCAAGCUAGAGGUCCAUGAGCCUCGUCUUGGCCCCACGGCUCACCGUGCAGCAUCCCCUACUAUUUCUCGUCCUCCUCAUACAUCAUGCAGUGCAGGAGUUGACCUUCUCACAACCAUUUCUGCAUCACUUGAUCCUCGCCUUCAGGGUGUCUGA